AAGAGAGGAUCCCGAUUAUGAAAUCAGUUUUUUGUGUGCGUGACUACAAUUGUGCUUUGAUCUUAAACUCAUGAUUGGCGGUUAACAAUGAAUUCCAUAAUAAAAUUGGACCACAAAAUAUAUACACUUAAUUUUGAUGGGUUAUUCUCCGUCUCUGAGACGCACACAAUUCAUGCCAUGGCGUCCGCUAGCCUCACACUCUCUCCACCCAUUGAUCUUCCACUUUCACUAAAAGCUUCCACAAAAACCUCUCAAUCACUCCCUCUAUUUCCUCUUCGCCCCCUCAAUCCUCCGUCUUCUCCUUACAAGUUUAACAGAAAGGCAGCAGUAGCAGCUUCGCUGUCGCGCGAACAAGUUUUUGAAUCUGCCGCCACUGACACAAACCAAGAUUCCCCUCGACCCCCUUCUUCCAAGCUUGUUCUCGUUGUUGGCGGCACCGGUGGUGUGGGGCAAUUGGUUGUAGCAUCACUGCUCGAUCGGAAUGUUAGAGCACGGCUUUUACUCCGGAAUCCGGAGAAGGCCACCACUCUCUUUGGUGAGCAAGAUGAGGAAAAACUGCAGGUGAGGCAAGGUGACACGCGGAACCCAGAGGAUUUGGAUCCUUCAAUAUUUGAGGGUGUCACGCAUGUCAUAUGCUGCACUGGAACUACGGCCUUUCCAUCUAGGAGAUGGGAUGGUGACAACACACCUGAACGAACAGAUUGGGAAGGCGUGAGAAAUCUUGUGUCAGCAUUGCCUUCAUCGUUGAAAAGAAUCGUUCUUGUUUCUUCGGUUGGAGUCACCAAGUUCAAUGAACUUCCAUGGAGCAUCAUGAACCUUUUUGGUGUUCUAAAAUACAAGAAAAUGGGGGAAGACUUUGUUCGUAAUUCUGGCCUUCCAUAUACUAUAAUCAGACCUGGUAGGUUAACAGAUGGACCCUACACAUCUUAUGAUCUCAAUACUUUACUCCAGGCGACUGCUGGGGAACGCCGAGCAGUGGUUAUAGGCCAAGGAGAUAAGCUCGUUGGGGAGGUUAGUAGACUCGUCGUGGCAGAAGCUUGUAUACAGGCAUUGGACAUCGACUUCACCGAAGGCCAAAUCUAUGAAAUCAACUCAGUCCAGGGGGAAGGACCCGGAAGCGAUCCCAAAAAGUGGCAAGAACUAUUCAAAGGUGCUAAGAAAUAACAAGUGGCACCUCCAUCCACUGUACAUAACAAACAUAUUCAUAACAAUUCCCACAAAAAACAUUGUAUUCAUUCUCUCUCUUCUUUAAUUAGCUUAUAAAUGUAUAAUUACAUUUCUAAAAA